AUGAUAUUUGCUUGGUGUCACAAAUAUCGAGGCCCUGUCAAACCAAAUUUAUCAGAUAUAAAUGUCGAAAUUUCUCAACAAAAGAAGUCUACAUUUCCCGAACUUGAAAAUUUUCCUGGUCUUACACUCUUCGAUUCAGUUUCUCUAACUGAGGGUAAUAAACUUCCUUCUUCAACUAAUUUCAUAGCCUCGGCUUCCAUAAAUCCUACAAAUUCCAUUGUAUCGACUUCUACAAAUCCUACUACUUUAAUCAACAAAUAUGAAUUAGUAUUGAAAUUCCUUUUGAAAUUAUUUGCUGACAAACGAGCUCAAAUAACAUAUUUCUCUAUGAACAACGUACCUACUUUAUUACUUAACGAUAAUUACUUUGAGAAUUUAAGAUCAAUAAAUUUUGGUGCGGUAUUGAUGGAUACGGGUAUACGACCAUUAUUCGAAAGUGUUCGAUACAUGAAUUUGGAAUGGGAUGCAUUGAUGUUGGAUGGAUUUUUAUAUGCUCUCGGGAAUGUUUGCAAGAAUUUGAAAAUGUUUGUAACUGCUUCUCUAUUUUUAAACAAACAACAAGCCACCGAUCUAGCAAUAUUUAUUUGUUCUCAAACACGUCUCUCCUCAUUCACUCUCCAAAAUUAUCAAUAUUUCACAAAUUAUUUUUUGGAAUCCUUAAACACCCAAAUUAACUCCCUAAAACGACUCGAAUUUUACGCUGUAGAUUUUGAAGGUUGUACUUUUGAAGUGAUGGCAAGUUGUAAACAAUUAGAAUAUUUAAGUAUUAUAGAAUGUAUGAAUAUUACCUUCGAUAUGUGUUUACCAUUGUUUUACACAAAAUUUUCGAGACUAAAACGAGUUGAAGUUAUGGAUUGUAAAACUGAUGAUGAUGAUUAUUUUAGAAUCAAUUCUUCAUCUAUGCCUUCAGUACGGAAUGGUGGUGUGAGUGAACCGACAACUAUAUUAAAAUUAAGAGAUGAUCCAUCAAUGGAGUACCAUACCUCUUUAAAAACUUCUACGGUUUUAUUAAAACCUUCACGAGAUAAAUAUAUGUUUUCAAAAUUCGAUCGGGAAAUACCUGCUUCAACAAAACAUCAUAUAUUAUUGCAUUCCACUGAUCCAAGUUUCACCACUUCACUUCCUAUAGAACUUCUAAAUUGGGCUCAAACAAAAAAUCACCCGGUUCCAUGGUAUCAUUUUGACCUUUCUCCUUCUAAUAUUCUUUCUUAUUUUACUUAUGAAAAUAUAAGAGAUUUCUUUAAAAUGUUAUAUUAUACGGUAUUAUUUCUUAUUGCUUUAUAUUUUAUCGUGCCUUUUUUUGUGGGGAUUGCAAAUAUUAUUGGUUAUUAUAUUAAAUGGAAGAUCGAAUCAUGGAUUGGACGAUGUUGUGGUGCCGCAGGAAAUAUGGAUAUUAUUUAA